AUGACCAUCGAUGACCGAUGGAAUAAAAUUAAACAAAUUAAAACUUGUUUUUGUUGUCUAAAAAGAGGCCACCAGCUUAAAGAUUGCCACUAUAAGCGCCGUUGUGGCAUAGAUGAUUGCCAAAAAUCACAUCACCAAUUGUUGCACAAAACACUUGCGACGCCAUACCAGGAACCGAACCGAACAUUACCGACACACGAUUUGGAGCCACGAACGAACACCCCAUCUCUUCCCGACGCACCACCGUCUCAAACACAACGAAGAAAUUGUCAUGCCGCCCACUACACCGAAAACGUACUGUUCCAGAUUUUGCCCGUGACGCUAUACGGAACACACAAACAAAUUACGACGUAUGCGUUCAUUGACGACGGCGCCAAUGUGUCCAUGCUGGACGAGGACGUUGCUCGCGAACUCGGAGUACACGGGAAACCGGAGAUUUUAGAAAUUCAGUGGCUUAAUAACCAAAACAUAAACGAAAAAACUGAAAAAAUUAAUUUGACAAUUAGUGGUGUCGUUCCCUUGGAAGCUCCUCGUAUGAUGACCGAUGUUGGACCAAUCAUUACCCUAACGAGAUUAGGCGCCGUAAUAUAUGGACCGAUCCCAGGCGAGAAGAGUUCCAAUCUUAAGCGGGCUUUACACGUUAGGAAACGUUUCGAGGAAGAAAAUUGUGACUUGCUUCAGGAAAUGCUUACCAUGAUGCGGCAAUAUUUCGACGUGGAGACAUUGGGUACCAAGGUAAAUGUGACACCAAUUCUGUCCAUAGAUGAUGAACGAGCGUUAAAAAUAUUAAAAGAAAACACGAAAAGAAUUGAUGGGCGAUAUCAGUGUCCGCUUUUGUGGAAAGAACAUUUUUCUCCAAUUCCAGAAUCGUACAAUUUGUCGUACAACCGAUUGCUGUGUGUGGAACGAAAAAUGGCAAAGGACAGUGUAUAUGCAGCUCAAUAUUGCAAAAAAAUAAGAGAUUACGAGGAAAAAGGAUAUUGCCGUAAACUUUCAGUAGCAGAACGAGAAAGAAGGAGCGAUCGAACGUUUUAUUUGCCACAUUUUGGCGUUAAAAAUCCUAACAAAGAUGGGAUUCGUAUCGUCUUCGAUGCUGCUGCUGAAGUUCAACAAUUUUCAUUAAAUAAAGCCUUAUUACCAGGACCUGACAUAAAUAACUCUCUAAUCUCUAUUCUUUUUAAAUUCAGGGAAUUUCCUGUAGCCGUGUGCGGAGAUAUACAAGAGAUGUUCCACCAAAUUGUAAUCGCCAAAGAAGAUCAGGACAGUCAGCGAUUUCUAUGGAGAAAUGGGGAUCCCAGUCAACCCUUAGAAACUUAUGUAAUGGAACGGAUGAUUUUUGGAGCCACUUGUUCGCCCACCAUAGCCCAAUAUGUGAAAAACCUAAAUGCCCGAAGGUUUAUAAAUGAGUCGCCAAGAGCAGUACAAGGAAUCAUCGAUCGUCAUUACGUAGACGAUUACGUCGACUGUUUCCAGACUGAAGGUGAGGCCGUUGAAGUGGUACGUGAUGUCAUAAAAAUUCACAAAGAGGGUGGAUUUAAUCUCCGCAACAUCAAGUCUAAUUCCCUCGUUUUACAACGUAUGUUUGGCAACCCUAUUUCUGAUGAAAGUGAUGACAACUCCUUUUUUGAUGAUGGAAUGGAACGGGUACUCGGUAUUCAUUGGCUGCCAAAAUUAGAUGUUUUUUGUUUUGAAUUAAAAUUGCACAAAGUGGAUGAAAAAAUAUUGAAAUUGCAAAAAGUGCCAACGAAACGCGAAAUGUUGUCUUUAAAUAUGUCCGUAUUCGAUCCAUUCGGGUUUCUUGGUGAUUUUAUGGUGACAUCGAAGAUAAUUAUGCAAAAUGUGUGGAAAAGUGAUAUAAAGUGGGACGAGGAGUUGCCGGCCGCGAUUUAUAGCCGCUGGAAGACCUGGCUGGAGGAAUUGCCGAAAUUAAAGGAUUUCAAAGUUCCAAGGUGUUACAGUGAUGGAUUUUUUAAUGGUAUAGUAGAUUUACAUGUGUUUGUGGAUGCCAGUGAAGAUGCAAUGGCUGCUGUGGCAUACUGGCGUAUAGUAACAAAUUGUGGUGUAAGUGUUGUGUUCGUUAUGGGCAAGACGAGCUGUGCCCCAACAAGAUACCAUACUAUACCUAAGCUUGAGUUACAAGCAGCAGUAAUUGGAGUGCGAAUGAAGGAAAAAAUUUUGGAAAAUCAUUUGAAGAAUAUUAAUAACAUUUAUUUUUGGUCAGAUUCCUCAACAGUGAUAACUUGGAUUCGUUCAGAACACCGUACAUACAAACAAUAUGUGGCAAAUAGAGUGUCGGAGAUUCUGGAAAGCAGCCGUAUGGAGCAGUGGCGGUGGUGUCCAGGAGCGGAUAACCCAGCUGACGAAGGGACCCGUGCUAAAGGACCCAAGAAGUACCAGCCAGAAGGACGUUGGAAAAAUGGGCCAGAAUUCCUGAGAAAAGAAGAGAAGUAUUGGUCGGACGAGGGACAAAUUGGAACCUGUGUGGAUCACAGCAAAACAGAGCUAAGAAACAAAUACAAAGUUUUGGUGGCUUGCCAGGUAUGUUUUUGUAUUCCAGAUAUUAAUAGAUUUUCAAAAUAUCGUAGGCUGAAACGGGCAAUGGCGUGGACAUUCCGAUUCGUUGAAAAUAUGAAGAGAAAAUCAGUGGUGUCGGCUGAUUUGACGGUGGAAGAAGAAGCACGGGCAGAAAUGUAUCUCUGUCGCUGCGUACAGCAAGAAGUAUAUGGGGAUGAAAUUCUUGACAUACAGAGAACUGGAUCAGUGUCUGCCAACAGCUCCAUAAAGUCUUUAAAUCCACAAAUUGGAAGUGAUGGUUUGCUUCGGGUAUCUGGAAGAAUAGAAAAUGCUGCUUUUUUGUCCCUGGAUACCAGACGACCAAUAAUUCUACACAAAGUCAUCGCUUUACACUUUUGCUGGUGGAAUUUUACCAUUCUCGUUUUUGUCACAUAAAUGUUGCCACUACAAUGAGCGAAAUUCGUUUGAGAUUUUGGAUUCCGUCACUUCGUCAACUUCUAAGAAGCGUUCAGUCCCGAUGCCUUGUCUGCAAGAUUCGUAGAGCCAAACCAAUUCAACCGCAAAUGGCCCCGUUACCCUUGGAACGUGUCACACCUUAUGUCAGAGCCUUUACCUACACAGGACUUGACUAUUUUGGUCCUGUAACAGUGUCAAUCCGGAGACAACGCGAAAAGAGGUGGGUGGCACUGUUUACAUGCCUUACAGUUCGCGCUGUCCACUUGGAAAUUGCAACAGACCUGUCGAGUGAUUCCUGCCUAAUGUGUAUUCGGAACUUCAUCAAUCGAAGAGGCGUCCCAGAGGUGAUAAGAAGCGACAAUGGGACGAAUUUCGUUGGCAUAGCAAAGGAGCUUCAAGGUAUAACCAAUUUUUUAGACACUAAUUCCGUUUCUUCUGGUCUGACAGCUCUUGGAAUAAAAUGGGUCUACAAUACGCCAGUGAAUCCCAGCGAAGGCGGAGUAUGGGAGCGUCUUGUCCAAUCUGUUAAGAAGGCUCUUUACAUCAUGCUAAAGGAGCAAGCCCCAAAACUGGAGACUUUACAAGCAUUCCUGAUUGAAGCGGAGAAUAUGGUCAACAGCAGGCCACUUACACAUUUGCCAGUUACUCCAGAAGACCCAGAUCCAUUGACUCCAAACCACUUUCUGCUAGGAUGUACCAAUUCAACCCAGACUCCAGCACCGUUUGAGCCUAGACUGAUGUGUUUAAGGAAGCAGUGGCGCGUCACCCAAAAUUUGAAGAAUGGCAUGUGGCAUCAGUGGCUUCGGGAAUAUCUUCCAGAAUUAACUCGAAGAACAAAAUGGUGUCUUCCUUCUCGGUCGUUGGAUGUUGGUUGCCUUGUGUUUGUUUGUGAUCCAGAGAUGGCUCGGAGUCAAUGGAGACGAGGACGAGUCAUCGAAGUAUUCAGGGGCAAAGACGGAGUGGCACGAUCAGCCAAGGUGAGAACGAGUGCCGGUGUAUACCACAGACCUGUGUCCAAACUUGCCAUUUUGGACGUGGAAGCGGCUGGAGACGGAGUUGGUGAAGCCUCCCCCUCUGGGUCAGUUAACGGGGGUGGGGAUGUUGGAGAUGGUAACCCUGCAAUUACCAAAGCUAAAAAAGCGUAGCCAAAUUUGAAAUACCACUGUCAUAAAUGGCCGAAAUAUCCCAAGCGAAGAGGGAGACGAAACUAAAUUUAAGCCAACAUCUUCAUUUUGUUUAUUUUUGUUGCUUUGCUUAAUGUCACCUUUUAUAUAAAUAGGCCCUUCUGGCCAUUGUUUAUUCCCUUUUUGUUAGAACCCAAAAAUAAGUAAGUCGUGUUAAUUUUUAUUGUUUUUAAAUUAAAUAUUUUUAUUUUUUUUGUAAACUUAAUUUUUGUUAAAUUUUUAAAAUUCUUACAGAGAAUAAACAACUACAACUAAACUCACUAUUUGUAAACAAACAAACAAACCAAAUAAA